ACACCCAUUUGCAGACGGAAAAGCAAAGAAAACGAAACCAACUCUCUCUCCCUGGGGCGGUGGCCAUGGCUGCUUCUGGGAGUCCUGUCGUGGAUCUCUGUGAGGAAGCCACUUGCUCCAUCUGCCUGGAGUAUUUCCAAGAUCCAGUGAUCAUCCCAGAGUGUGGGCACAACUUCUGCCGAUCCUGCCUGAUCCAGUGCUGGGGGAAAUCUGAGGGAGAGGCUUCCUGCCCUCAGUGCAGGAAAACAGUGGAGCAAGGCAGCAUCAGGCGAAACCUGCAGCUGGCAAAUUUUGUGGAAAUAACCCAGAAAUUCAGCCUUCUGGGCAGAAAAAAGGAGGCCAAAGGAAAGGGGAGAGUUUGUGAGAAACACCAGGAGCCCCUGAAGCUCUUCUGCAAGGAGGAUGAAGCCCCCAUCUGUCUGGUUUGUGACAGAGCCAAGGAGCACAAAAGCCACGAGGCGGUUCCUAUAGAGGAGGCGUCCCUGGAGUACAAGGAUCAGAUCAGCAGCUGCCUAGACAACAUGAGAAAGGAGAGAAAGAAAAUUCUGGUGUUUAAAGCAGAUGCAGAAAAGGAAAGCCAAGACCUGCUUAAGCAAAUGCAAGCAGAGAGGGAAAAGAUGGUGGCUGAGUUCAGGCGACUGCACCAGUUUCUGGAAGAACAGGAGAAACGUAUUCUGGCCCAGAUGGCAGAGGUGGAGAAGGAGAUUGCAGCCAAAAGGGAGGAGCGCCUGGCCAGACUCUCCAGGGAACUCUCCUCUCUUGACAGCCUCAUCCGGGAGAUGGAGGAGAAGCUUCAGGAACCAGCGAGUGAACUCCUGCAGGAUAUCAGAAGCUUCUUGCAGAGGUCUCAAGCGAAGGAGAACUUAGAGGAUCCUCCGGUGGCUAUUCCUCCUGUCCUGAAGUGGAGGAUCUGGGACUUUUGUGAUAUAAAUCCCUUCCUGGAGGGUGUCAUGAAGAAAUUGAGAGACACUGUGGAAUAUGGACUUCAGCUGCGAAAAGAAAACGUAACUUUGGAUCCAGACACAGCAAAUCCCCGGCUCAUCCUGUCUGAGGAUCGCAAGAGUGUGAGAUGGGGGGAAGUCUAUCAAGACCUGCCAGACAACCCUGAGAGAUUUGACAUGCAUGGCUAUGUGCUGGGAUGUGAGGGUUUCACAUCAGGCAGACAUUUCUGGGAGGUCACUGUGGGAAGAGAGGAGAGGAGGAACGAGGGGGAAUGGGCCGUGGGGGUGGCCAGAGAGUCUGUGAAGAGGAAAGGCAAGUUCAUCGCUAGUCCUAAGGAAGGGAUCUGGCGCAUAGGGAAGUGGGGUGAUCAGUACAGGGUCUCCACCUGCGAUGGGCCCCCUGUUUCGAUUCUGGGUGGGGAGCCCAAGCGGAUCCGAGUGGCCCUGAACUGUGAAGGGGGACGGGUGUCCUUUUACGAUGCAGAUACAGCAGCCCUUCUCCACUCAUUCUCAGCAGCCUCCUUCUCAGGAGAGACCCUCCAGCCCUUCUUUUACAUGUUCACCAAAGGUCACCUGAUACUCUCUUGAGUGUAGACACAGACAAGCUUCCCAGUUCACUGCUAAGUAUGCUUCUCAGUGCCAGCAGUCCUAAAUCAGCAGAGCGUUGCGCAACAUCAAAGCGCUUCAGGAGCUCUGACCCAGACAACGAAGCCAGUAACUCACAGAGGCAAUUAAGCACAGACAGAUGUAUUUUACUACCGGGUCAAAAGCAUAAUGGUUCCCAUUUACAGUUUGUCUGCUGAAGCGUUUCUUAGUUAGAGUUUUCCGGGCUUUGUUUUUUGCGACCCACAUCCCUUUCUUGCAUUCUGUCAGCUUGCCAGAUAAAUGCGGACUAAACACAGUUUUUAUACAGCUUCUGUUAGAACUGAAGCAGCUCCUCUCACAGAUGUGGCCUUGACGAAAGGUCCAGCUUUCUGACAGCUUCUAGCAAUUUCCAGAAUCUUCUAGAAUCUUCAAGAACUUUCAGUUAGUUCUGGAAAGACUGAACGCUCACCCUCACGCCAACAACUCAUCACCACGAUGACAUUUCAGUUGUCUCAACCAAAAUCCCUUUCCCUCAGCUUAUGUGGCAGUUCAGCAGAAUCUCUCUGUUGAAAGAGAUCCAAAAUUUGUGCGCGACUCACUUAGGCAUUCGCAGCCUUGUGCAUUUUGUCAAAACAAAAAUAAAUAAAUAGAGUUUGGGAGACUGGGGGCGGUGACUGUCAGAAGGGGCCGUGUGAGAUCUCACAAGAACCUCCAGAGCCCAGAAAGCAAGAUGGAGGCUCACAAUUUUGGUGCCCAAAUCCUGCUCUGGAUAGAGUUUCUAAGCCCUCCGCCUUGCUUACUGGCCUCCAGGAAAGGUUCCUCAAAGCAUUUGCAGGGGUCUCCCUGACUUGUCUUGCUAAUCCCCAGAACGAAAGAGCCUCUGGCAGUUCCAAGGACAGAACAGAGUCAAUGUGGGGAAUUUCAGGGAGCGGUAGUAAAUUCCCAUUUAUACAAUUAUUUUCUCUAAGGUGACUUCUUGCAAACAAUCAGAAACAUCUACAGUGGUGCCUCAGGUUGUGGACAUAAUCUGUUCGGGAGUGUGCUGGGCCCGGGGGUUAACCUGAGCAAUGUGGUCCAGGUCCUGUCCAGAAUGCAAGGAUUCCACGAGGAGUCAGUCCAACAGGGCCGAGGCAGGACACGAGGCAGGAAACCAGGCUAGGUCGGGCACAGGGUCUCAGGCAGGUUCUAGCAAACAACAAUGUUGCUCCCGCCACCUGGGGUGGGGUCCGACAGCCUUUUAUCUUUGUCAGGGUAACUGGUCCUAAUCCCCCGGUGACUCACCUCCCUGUCUCUCCCAAAGGCGAGCACUCCUCCUGCCGGUACUCAGGUCUCUCCUUCUUUCAGACCUUAGUCUCUGCAGCUGGAGACAUGUCGUGGGUUACUAGACCCAGAGGCCACCUCAGCUUCCCCUGAUCCAACCGGUAGUGGAGCAGCUGUAAGUGAUGGCCCAGCUGAAGGCCAUGAGGUAAUCCCCGCAUCUGGAGCCAGGGCAGGCUCAGGCCCCUGACUCGGCCCAGCUGGUGCUUGUUGCAGGGUAACCUGUGCAGACUGGGGCUCUUCAGAAUCAGGCCCCAGACUUGGUUUAAUGCCACCUGAGGCAAAGGAUCUGGUGCGGACUGAGACUCCACUGGUUCUGAGUCCGAGCCCGUGUCCCAGGCCAUCACAGAGAGGCACAUCCACAGCCCGAAGCGUCCAUAAGAUGAAGUGCUGUGUCUGCGCAUGCACGCGGCGCAAUUUCGAGCUUCUGCGCAUGCACAAACGGCAAAACCCGGAAGUAACCAGUUCCGGGACUUCUGGGUUUGCUGCUGUCCAUAACAUGAAAUUCCGUUGCC